AUGGCAGACAUAAGCGUUGUCGAUGACCAGCAGCAGCAGCAGUCGCUAAGGAUCGCGCAAGCUCCGUCUUUCUGCAGACUUUAUAACAUCGAGAUGAGAGGUUUGGAAACAUGGAAAGCUCAUAUCAAGAGUGACGGGCAUGUCCAGAAACUCAAACAAAAGGUUGGAAGUGUUGACUUGACGGCGAAGCCACCUCACUCUACUAGAAGCAUAUCUCCGAAGAGAAAGCGCAACGAUGCUGUGGUGGACUUCAAACAACAGGGCCAGUAUGAACAAGCCAAUGAGGACACUGAAGAUGAAGAAGAUGAAGAAGAUGAAGAUGGAGAUGAAAUUUUCACAUCAGAGCUUGUCCCAGGUCAAUGUCUCUUCUGCGCUCAGGACUCUGCAACAUCAGACGACAGCGUGAAACACAUGACUACAGCACACAGCUUCAACGUUCCCUUUCAAGAUUUGUUGGCGGUUGAUCUCGAAACCAUAAUCUCAUAUCUUCACUUUGUCAUCCACAACUAUCGAGAAUGCAUCUGCUGUGGCACCCGAAGGGGUACCGUCGAGGGCAUACAGCACCACAUGCUAGCCAAAGGACACUGCCGCUUCGACAUAUCACCCGAAACAGAAGAGUUCUACCAAAUACCGGAAGUCGAGGACACCUUAACUGGGAAACAAGACCCCAGUGAUCCUGUGAAGCUGCCAUCAGGAAAGGUCAUCUCGCACCGAAAACAUGAAGAACCUCGCGCUCCUCAGCCAUCCCCCGACCAAAAGCGCCAAAACCCACUAAAGCCUGCAGAGCCUGGCACGGAGAUUGCACAUCGGAGGACAGUAAAUGGAAACAAUGAGAUCGUACAGGCCAACGAAGCCAUACUCGCGGCACAACUAUCACGGCUGAAGGUGACGAGCGACAGAGCUGCGCAAAGGGAGGAAAAGCGAUGGAGAGGGAGAUUAGAACGAGCGAACAACUUCUUCGCGUUAAAGAGAUUCAAGCUCGAUGCUGCUGAUGGGAGAAUGGGUCGUCAAUUUUAA